UUAUAUAAAUAUGAUAAAGUAAACCUUAGCACAAAGAUUGUGCUAAGAGUAAAACAAAGUUACAAGACCCCCCAAAAAGAGCAAAAACCUAGUCUUGUGGUAGUUACAAGGAUCCAACGAUGUUAACUACAGACUCUACAUCCUCUACAAGGGCUUCUUUACACCAAAAGUGAAACAAAAAUAUACAAUCCAUCUGUAUCUUCUUUCAAAAUUAGCUCUAUCUGUAAAGCAUCUUGAGUUUAUUUCCUUCCAUAUUGUCCACCAAAUACAUGCUGGAAUCAUGCUCCACCAUUUCUUCUGCCUCUGUCAAAUACCUGGAUCAUUCCAGCAUGCUAUCAUUUCUGCAGUUGUCCUAGGAACUGUCCAGCUCGACCCUUUCAUACUCAUGAAUAAAUACCACAACUUGCUGGUUAUUCUGCAAUGUAAAAAGAGGUGACUAUUUGUUUCAAUCUCACCUCCACACAAAAGCACUUUGAGCACAAUGGCAUUCCUCUUCUCAUCAAACAGUCAUGAGUCAGAACAGCUUCAUUGAUACAAGCCAACCAAAAACAUGCUAUUUUAAAAGGGAUUUUCACCUUCCAGAUGUGUUUACAGUGCCAUGGCCCUGCUUGUAGUUGACCGGAACUAUUUAAGUUAUCAUAUGCUGACUUCACAGUAUAUAGUAUAUACUCCUUUGCUAUUUCUUUCCCAUACAAUUUUGUCCUCUUCUUCUACAGUACCUUGAAACUAACCAGCAAUUUGAAGAAUUCAAUCACUCUAGUAAACUCCCAGUCAUUGAGGAGCCUUCUGAAGGUAUUUUAUGGAGUCAAACCAGAUGAAAAGAGUAGGUUUGUAAGCAGACUACAAAAGGAUCAGAAAAUUGUAGCUAUGGUCGGCGAUGGAAUAAAUGACACUGCAGCCUUGGCAUCAGCACAUGUAGGAAUAGCUAUUGGUGGUGGAGUUGGAGCUGCAAGUGAUGUGUCUUCUAUUGUACUGAUGAACGAUCGGCUAUCUCAGUUGCUCGAUGCUCUGGAGCUAAGCAGGCUAACCAUGAAGACUGUAAAACAAAACCUUUGGUGGGCCUUCGGAUACAACAUUGUUGGAAUUCCAGUAGCUGCUGGAGUCCUGCUGCCAUCUACUGGAACCAUGCUUACUCCGUCAAUAGCAGGAGCUCUCAUGGGCUUGAGCUCUAUUGGCGUGAUGACAAAUUCAUUGUUGCUGAGACUCAAGUUUCAAUCAAGGCAGAAGGAAAUUCAUGGACCAUCAGUAAUAGUUGAAAUUCCUUCUGAUGCUUCUAAUAGCUUGAAUCAAGAAAAGUUAAGACACCCGUAUCCAACCUCCAGAUAGUGAUCCUACAAAGCCAAGUCAGUGAUUGAUUCUGACAUUCAAUUAUCCUCGGCUUCAGAUACCUACCAAUUGAAGGGAUCCUAACCGUGUAACUGCGCAGUUUGAAGGGACGGGAAUAAUGGAAUAUGCUCAGCUCAAGCUUAUGCGGUUUUAUAUGGUUGGGAGAUUGAGAAUCAUUUUGUUCAUCACAGAUUACACAUGCUAACUACUUAGUGAGUAUAUAAGUUGCUAGGCACUGAAUCGACCUGUCUAGGAGUUGCAUACAGUUUGGUUAAUGAUGUGAAGUGUAAUUGUCAGUUUGUGCCAAGAAAAUGCCACUGGUAGAUCUCUGAAUUUGAGGUACAGAAUGACGUCCAUUAUCGCCUUUAUUUUUCAUAACCGAGAUCUACACAACAUGCCAAAUGAGGAGGAUGGGCUGCAAUAAAGAUUAAAAAGAUAUAGAAGAUAACGAAAUCCAGUUCCCCGUCGGUAUGGAUUGGAGGAAAAUGAAGCGUUUGGAUAUAAAUCAAUGUACUGUAGUCCAAUCUUAAAUUUAGUUGGAGUUGGCAAUGUCAUUCUAUCAUAUUUGGAUUCAUUUCAUUCCAGUGCUAAGGUGUUAUGUCAUUUAAGGUAAAUUCUGUAACUAUAGAUUUCUAUAUUGCGCUUAAACCAACAUACAAGUUUAACAGCCAAAUCUUUAACUAAGCUAGUCUAUAUAUCAUUGGAUAUUGCAUUC